UAGAGAGGGCAGAGGCGUCGGCCCUCUUCUGGAGGGGGGGGGCUGAUUAUAACAAAUAUAUACACACAUGUGUGCCCUGUUUGGCCGCCAAGAUAGGUCAUAUGUGGAUAUCAGGUAUUUUAGACAAGCAUAAAGCCACGGCUAUAUGUUUAAAAUGCCUAUUUUAGUUUUCCUGUUAGACACGUCCGCCUCUAUGAAUCAGCGCACUUAUUUGGGUACGACGUAUCUGGACGUUGCUAAAGGCGCGGUUGAGGUCUUUAUGAAGCUGCGUGCCCGAGACCCGGCUAGUAGAGGCGACAGGUACAUGCUAGUUACAUUCGAUGAUCCACCAUACGGAGUGAAGGCAGGCUGGAAGGAGAACCACGCCACCUUUAUGUGUGAGCUAAAGCAUCUGCAAGCAUCUGGGCUUACUACACUCGGUCACGCUCUCCGCACCGCCUUUGACCUGCUGAACGUCAACCGCCUCAUUUCGGGCAUUGAUAACUACGGACAGGGGCGUAAUCCCUUCUUCCUGGAACCUUCUGUUAUCAUCACUAUCACUGAUGGGAACAAGCUGACACACAGCUCUGGGGUGUCUGAUGAGCUGCACCUGCCUUUGAACUCUCCUUUGGCAGGCAGUGAGCUGACCAAAGAGCCUUUCCGUUGGGACCAGCGGCUGUUUGCUCUGGUGCUGCGGCUACCAGGAGCAGCCACACCAGACAACGAGCAGCUUGGUAGCGUCCCCACAGAUGAGUCUUCCAUCACGCAGAUGUGUGAAGUCACAGGAGGACGAUCAUACUGUGUGCGCACACAGAGGAUGUUGAACCAGUGCCUGGAGUCUCUGGUUCAAAAGGUUCAAAGCGGUGUUGUCAUUAAUUUUGAGAAGACAGGGCCAGAUCCGCUUCCUGCCGGAGAUGAUACCUCUGUGGAGCCAUGUCGUCCCAUGUCAUCCUUCAGCCCACAACCUUGGCACAGUUGUCACAAACUAAUCUAUGUGCGGCCAAACCCAAAGACAGGGGUACCAGUUGGGCACUGGCCCAUACCAGAGUCCUUCUGGCCAGACCAGAAUUCUCCUACCCUGCCACCUCGAACUGCACAUCCUGUGGCACGUUUCUCUUGUGUGGACAGUGAGCCCAUGGUGAUUGACAAGCUUCCCUUUGAUAAGUACGAACUGGAGCCCUCUCCGCUCACCCAGUACAUUCUGGAAAGGAAGUCUCCACACAUGUGCUGGCAGGUGUUUGUGAGCAGCAGUGGAAAGCAAAGUGACCUGGGACAGCCGUUUGGUUACCUUAAAGCCAGCACCACUCUCACUUGUGUUAACCUCUUUGUCAUGCCUUACAACUACCCAGUCAUUCUUCCACUCCUCGAUGACUUGUUCAAAGUGCACAAACUCAAACCAAACCUGAAGUGGCGACAAGCUUUAGAAAUGUACCUGAAGACCAUGCCUUCAUACUACCUCUUGCCACUGAAAAAGGCACUGAGGAUGAUGGGAGCUCCGAACCUUAUUGCAGACAACAUGGAUUGUUGCCUAAGUUACAGUGUCAUCUCCUACCUGAAGAAGCUCAGUCAGCAGGCAAAGCUUGAAUCAGAUCGUUUAAUUGCAUCUGUGGGGAAGAAGGCACCUCAAGAGACUGGGAUAAAGGUAAAGAACCAUUCCAGCUCCCUCUCUUUAGCCCACCGUCGAGACUUUAAACAGUUGCUGCAGGGAAUCACUGGGGAGGGGCCCCUUCGCCUGGUAGACAUCAACAUCAAAGAGUUUGCCGGUUUCCAGAUCGCCCACCUCAACAAGGAUGUAAAGCCUCAAGCUUACCGAAACGCAUACGAUAUCCCAAGAUGGAACCUUCUGGAUCAGCUCACCCGGAUGCGUACCAAUUUGCUGCGGACGUCCCAAAAACUGAUUAGAGGGCAAGAUGAAGACUACCUGCAUAGUAUUCCAGUGGCUCAGAUGGGAAACUAUCAGGAGUACCUCAAGAUGAUGCCAUCCCCUCUAAGGGAGAUUGACCCUGACCAACCUAAACGCCUGCACACGUUUGGGAAUCCUUUCAAACAGGACAAGAAGGGGAUGAUGAUUGAUGAAGCAGACGAGUUUGUAUCAGGUCCUCAAAACAAGAAAAGAGGAAUUUCAGGAGAUUCCAACUCAGGUGGUACUGUGAAGAGAAGGCGGAGCAUGUCCCCAUUCCUACGGCGGUCACAGACUCCACCAGGAAACACAAACCAUGUGAUGGCAAAGAGUCCCACGGCAGUUCAGGGGUACCAGAACCUGAUCAAAGCUAACCCACAAGAUAAAGCAGUGGAUGAGAACUGCGUGACACUCUCUGAAAGUAAUGGUGAUGUAGUUCUUGGGCCUGAGCCUGGUGAGAUCUGGCCAACAGAGAUGGACACUGUGGGAGGGACCCCUUCUUCACUCACCAUGGAGGAGAAGUCUGGGCAGGGUGUAACAGAUCGGGCAGAAGACAUUAACACAACACAGGAGAGACCAAUGGAAAACUGUCUGGACGAGGAGCUUGUGGAAGAUAAACACAACUGUGCACAACUGAGUCCACAAAGCGAGUUCGAGACCACUGAAGCCGAUCCAGCUCUGCUCGAAACCAUAUUUAUUCCACCACUAGAUGGUAGUCAAGCAGAGUUACGGACUCGAGUCAUCAAGGAGGUCCGCAAACCGGGUCGAAACUACCAGUCAGUACUCUGUCUGCUACAGCAGGUGAAAGGAACAGUUAAUGUAAAGAAGUACUUCAUCCAGCAUGCUAUCAAAGAGGCAUCCAGGUUCAAGAAACGUGUUCUGAUCCAGCAGCUGGAGACAAUCCUGGCAGAGCUGGAGGAGAAGCACAUUGCAUCCUGCCAGCUUCCCAGCGAUCAUGACAGAUGAUAGACAGGGAAACCUGAUCUACAGCUGGACAAACACGCUGAUUGAUGACAGUGACAUCUCCUGAUAUUGAGCCAUGACAUCACAUCCUGUUAGAGACAGAGCGUGAGGGACUUAACUGAAGGACACAUAAUACUCGGGCUGCAUCAAAAGACUUCAGUUAUAAUCCUCUUCAUUCUGACAGAUGCCUUAAACGUCUUUUUGGCUUUUGUCCAUAUCCACCCCUGUGUUCAGCAGUGACACACAAGCCGUUAGCUCACACAGUAAGCUGAAUCAUCCUUAAUCACCAGGGCAAGGAACGACAGGGGUUCUCCUUUUGGUAUUCUUUCAAACAGACAUUUGUUCAGCUGGUCUGAAAAGAAGGCUGCACCAGUAGUAGAGUUUGUACGGACAUCGGCCUGUGGCUGACAGAAACCUGUCCUUCACGUUCAGUUACAUCUGCUGAAUGGAUGCACUGAUGUAAAAUCAAGGCUUUAAGUUUUAUUUUGUUGUUAUCUUGAGGUGAA